AAAUUGUUAAGUGUCACGUGAAAGCUUCUCGGCCAAUAGGGUGCUAUUGCUCUCUAACUAAUAUCCUAUCGUUCCCAAUUGAUUUAUUAUCCAUUUUACAGUACUGUCAGCGAAAAAGAGUUCCUGAAGCUGGCCAAGGCUAUCGAUCCAUCUCACUACCAGGCUGUAGGGAUAUCUCUAGAGAUCCCCUUAGCUGAGCUACAUGCAAUCCUGAUUCAGCAGUUGAAUAACUAUACCAAUGCAUUCUUGCACGUAUUCAUGAAAUGGAAUGUCAAACAGCAACCUCUACAUUCAAACAGACGACAGCUUUUGGCAGAUGCGCUUCGAGAGAUUGACUUGGGUGGUUUAUCGGACAGAUUACUCAAUGAACCUCUAACUCCCAACAGCACAGGAGUGCCAUCAAGACUGCUCGAAUCACAGACCAAACCUCCUUCAGCUGAAUCUCAGACCAAACCACUUUCUCCUGAACUGGUCGAGCGGUGUGCAAAUGACUUCAAGUUCAAGUAUAGGUCAACUCUCUGUAAGAUCAGAUCUGAUCCUCUCAAUCCUGCCUCCACUAAUAUGGAACAGAGAAGCGAGUGCUAG